AGUAUGAGCUUUUUGAACUUUUUCGUAGAUGCGGGAUUGUAAAGAUAAACUAGUUCAACUUGGGAAACUACCUCAGGACAUUCGAUUUUCUUCAAAUUGCAUUGUGAGAUAUAUUAUUGUUGUACAUCUUCGAUUCGGAUUUAUAUUCAAUUGAUCUCAUAUGGCAGCUAUGACUUCACAAAAGGAGGAGGUAGAAAAGGCUCCUAGGCUACCCAUGCCAUCGCGGAAUCCUCUACCAUUAUCCGCAGCACAAGAAGCCCAAGUCCAAGAAGUCUAUCAUACUAGAGUACGAAGUUAUUGUGCAGCAGAAAUUAAGGUAUUCGCGGAAUGUGCCCUUGGAAGAACCUUUACUGCUCCAUUCAAAUGCAGAGAACAAAAUCGAGCGAUGAACAAUUGUAUGAUCUCACAUGCCACACAAUCAGAAAAGGAUGCAGCUAGAGAAGAGUGGUUUUCACUGAGAUUACAAAGACAGCGGGACCGUGAAGCAAAGGAGGCGAGGAGGAAGGAACAGGAGAAAUUUCACAGGGAAUGGUGGGGUUUACCAACCGAGGAUAGAGAGGGCGAGAAAGGCAAAGAAUUAAUGAGGAAUGCUGAGAGAGUCGGUGGAUUUCCAAAGAGGGAUGAAGGACAAAUGAGCAAAGACCGGCAUAGGUGA